GGAUUGUUGCGUGCUUCCACACCACCACCUGUCACCGGACCGCACAAACCCGCACACGGACCGCAGAGCGGCAAACAAUUAAGGAGAGAUAGAGACAGAGAAGGGGGAAAGCAAGGCCACUCUACGAGUACCGCAUAUCCAUACUGCCUACGGGAGUGUUGUACAAUACAACAUUUGUUUAUUAUUUUGUCGCUUUUCUAUCACCUCCCCGUGCCUUUGCACGUGGCUUGUCGACUUUUUUUUUCUCUACCCCUUCCCCCUACAUUCUGCACAAACUCUGUCAAGAAGAAAAGGAAAGGAGAAGCAAAGAGAGCCCGCAUCAUGGUCGUUCAUUAUAGCCCUCCGUGGGCAAAUACUCAUGUGUGUGCAAAAGCCUUUCCAUCCAGGGCACUGCCGGAGAGGGGGGGAAUACAUGAGCUAAUCAAUCUUGUAACAAGCUGUAGAUUAUUGGCAUUGCUGGCUCUAGCGGUUCAGGGAAAACCUCCCUUGCAGUGCGUAUCGUGGGCGCACUGAACCUACCCUGGGUGGUUAUCCUAUCGAUGGUAAAUAUACCUGUAUUUUCCAACAAAACAUCCCGCACCAUCCUAAAGUGGGGGGAUUUUGAACCUCCCCACAAUAUUUUGAGGAAAGGAUAAAAGGGAGUUCGUGAUUUUAAAGGCGUAUGGAAUUACAACAGGAUUCCUUCUACAAGUCCUUGAACCCGGAAGAAUCCGCACAGGCAUUUAGGAAUGAAUAUGACUUUGACUCCCCGAACUCUCUUGAUUUCGACGAAUUGGUAGAAAGGCUCAGGGACCUAAAGCAAGGGUGCGUCAUCCCUAUCCCAUUCUUCUCGCGAAAUUCAAAUGUCGAAAACAGAUCUAGCUGAACAACAAGCAGGAGAAAAGCGGAGAUCCCCGUACGUUGUUAUCCUUUUUGUCCUGCUUGCGGAUGGGCAAGGUACCACGGUAAGAGGUAGGACUAAAACAAAAAGCUUUGGAAAUACUUUAGGUCUAUUCAUUUGAAAAACAUCAGAGAGUAGAGCAGACGACGACAAUUUACUCUUGCCAUGUCUUGAUCCUAGAGGGUAUCCUUGCUCUUUACGACCCUCGGGUGUUGGAGUUGCUGGACAUGAGGAUAUUUGUCGACACAGAUGCCGACGUUUGUCUUGCUAGGAGAUGUGGGUUAUAUGGCGCCCCCCUUUCGCAAUGAAAGUAUAAUAGUUGCUAAAAACAAACUGCUGCAGUGGCCCGAGACAUCAAAUACCGUGGCAGAGAGUAAUCUCCCCGACCCCUUCUGCUAAUACGUGGAUAGACUAGUUGACUUUACUAGCAUCCACGGGGCAAUCAAGCAAUGGACAACCUUCGUUAAGCCAAACUUCGAACUAUACGUCGAACCGCAGAAGAAAAAUGCGGGUAAGCGCUCGUACACAAUCCCCAGCGAACCACUACUGUUAAUAAAGAAAUAGACAUCAUGGUCCCCCGUGGGAUCGAGAACUCUAUCGCAAUAGGUCCGCCACUACUCCCCAGUCCAUAAUACCACGAACACAAUCGAACCAAUCUAACCUCAACCAAGACAUGAUAACGAAGCAUAUCCAAAGAGCCCUCCUCACCAAAUCCGACGAGCACAUCAAAACCCUCCGGGCCCUCGGCCAAGGCCAUGAUGCCGAUGAGCCCCUCCCGGCAAGCGUCAAGGUCCUAAAGGAUACUCCACAGCUCCGAGCGAUGCACACAAUUCUGCAUGACGAGGAGACCACGCGCGAGGAUUUCGUCUUCUAUUUCGACCGCCUGGCAACUCUACUGGUCGAGCGCGGGUCGGAUCAUCUGGCUUUCAAGCCUAAGGAGGUCGUAACCCCACAGGGGAUUACUUAUGCGGGAUUAGAAUUGUCUAAAGACGUUAGCGCGGUUGUUAUUCUCCGCUCAGGAGGCACUCUUGAAGUUGGACUUAGGAGGGUGGUCCCUGACGCUAGGAUUGGGAGACUAUUGAUUCAGUCUAAUGCUCGCACUGGAGAGCCCGAGUUGCAUUACCAGAACUUGCCUUCGAGUUUAGCCAAGGAUAGUGUUCUGGUACUUGAUCCCCAAGUUGCGACCGGGGCCGGGGCUUUGAUGGCUGUGACAGUGCUGAAGGAUCAUGGUGUUGAGGAGGAGAGGAUCGUCUUCGUCACUUAUCUUGCUGGCCUUGGUGGGCUGAGGAGGUUGACGAAGGUGUUUCCAAAACUGAAGAUCAUUGUGGGGAAGAUCCAGGAGGGGUUUGAGAGAAGGUGGAUUGACGAGAGGUAUUUCGGAAGUUAGGUCAGAUUGUGGGUGUUUAUUCGGCCAUGGUUUAAUCUAUUUUAAGCCUGAUGUUGGGGUAGUGGUAGCGCGGUCCAUGGCCAUUAUCCCUGUUCUGUACCGGUAUAUCAUGUCUUCCUUCCGUUCCGAACUAAGCAAGUUUCCCUUGUGACACAAGUACCCGCACUUGGUUUUGAAACAAACAGUCCGGAAACACAUAUCUUGUGACCCCCACUCCCGAAAAUAUAAGAAGCUAUAGAUACCAAU